CUGAAAUCACAACAUCAUCUGUGUCUCUGAGCUGGAUUGAACCAUUGGGAAACAGAUCCUUCUAUAGAGUAGAAUGGACUGGUGGCGUUAGAGAUAUGAAUACAACUACCAAGGAGACAGCCUUUAACGUAACUGAGCUGACUGCUGGAGUGAAGUACACAUUCAGGGUCACUGCAGUGGCUGGAGAUGAGAUGACUGAAGGCAAAACUAUCAGUGUUUCACUCUUUACAAAGCCCGCAAUCAUCAGAAACCUCACUGUCACUGAAAUCACAACAUCAUCUGUGUCUCUGAGCUGGAUUGAACCAUUGGGAAACAGAUCCUUCUACAGAGUAGAAUGGACUGGUGGCGUUAGAGAUAUGAAUACAACUACCAAGGAGACAGCCUUUAACGUAACUGAGCUGACUGCUGGAGUGAAGUACACAUUCAGGGUCACUGCAGUGGCUGGAGAUGAGAUGACUGAAGGCAAAACGAUCAGUGUUUCACUCUUUACAAAGCCCGCAAUCAUCAGAAACCUCACUGUCACUGAAAUCACAAAAUCAUCUGUGUCUCUGAGCUGGAUUGAGCCGUUGGGAAACAGAUCCUUCUAUAGAAUAGAAUGGACUAAUGGCGGUAGAGAUAUGAAUACAACUACCAAUGAGACAGCCUUUAAUGUAACUGAGCUAACUGCUGGAGGGAAGUACACAUUCAAGGUCACUGCAGUGGCUGGUGAUAAUAUAACUAAAGGAAAUGCUCAGGAGAAAGCACUCUUUACAAAACCUGAAGUCAUCAGGAACCUCACUGUCUCUGAAAUCACAACAUCAUCUGUGUCUCUGAGCUGGAUUGAACCAUUGGGAAACAGAUCCUUCUACAGAGUAGAAUGGACUGGUGGCGUUAGAGAUAUGAAUACAACUACCAAGGAGACAGCCUUUAACGUAACUGAGCUGACUGCUGGAGUGAAGUACACAUUCAGGGUCACUGCAGUGGCUGGAGAUGAGAUGACUGAAGGCAAAACUAUCAGUGUUUCACUCUUUACAAAGCCCGCAAUCAUCAGAAACCUCACUGUCAAUGAAAUCACAACAUCAUCUGUGUCUCUGAGCUGGAUUGAGCCGUUGGGAAACAGAUCCUUCUAUAGAAUAGAAUGGACUAAUGGCGGUAGAGAUAUGAAUACAACUACCAAUGAGACAGCCUUUAAUGUAACUGAGCUAACUGCUGGAGGGAAGUACACAUUCAAGGUCACUGCAGUGGCUGGUGAUAAUAUAACUAAAGGAAAUGCUCAGGAGAAAGCACUCUUUACAAAACCUGAAGUCAUCAGGAACCUCACUGUCUCUGAAAUCACAACAUCAUCUGUGUCUCUGAGCUGGAUUGAACCAUUGGGAAACAGAUCCUUCUACAGAGUAGAAUGGACUGGUGGCGUUAGAGAUAUGAAUACAACUACCAAGGAGACAGCCUUUAACGUAACUGAGCUGACUGCUGGAGUGAAGUACACAUUCAGGGUCACUGCAGUGGCUGGAGAUGAGAUGACUGAAGGCAAAACUAUCAGUGUUUCACUCUUUACAAAGCCCGCAAUCAUCAGAAACCUCACUGUCAAUGAAAUCACAACAUCAUCUGUGUCUCUGAGCUGGAUUGAGCCGUUGGGAAACAGAUCCUUCUAUAGAAUAGAAUGGACUAAUGGCGGUAGAGAUAUGAAUACAACUACCAAUGAGACAGCCUUUAAUGUAACUGAGCUAACUGCUGGAGUGAAGUACACAUUCAAGGUCACUGCAGUGGCUGGUGAUAAUAUAACUAAAGGAAAUGCUCAGGAGAAAGCACUCUUUACAAAACCUGAAGUCAUCAGGAACCUCACUGUCUCUGAAAUCACAACAUCAUCUGUGUCUCUGAGCUGGAUUGAACCAUUGGGAAACAGAUCCUUCUACAGAGUAGAAUGGACUGGUGGCGUUAGAGAUAUGAAUACAACUACCAAGGAGACAGCCUUUAACGUAACUGAGCUGACUGCUGGAGUGAAGUACACAUUCAGGGUCACUGCAGUGGCUGGAGAUGAGAUGACUGAAGGCAAAACUAUCAGUGUUUCACUCUUUACAAAGCCCGCAAUCAUCAGAAACCUCACUGUCACUGAAAUCACAACAUCAUCUGUGUCUCUGAGCUGGAUUGAACCAUUGGGAAACAGAUCCUUCUACAGAGUAGAAUGGACUGGUGGCGUUAGAGAUAUGAAUACAACUACCAAGGAGACAGCCUUUAACGUAACUGAGCUGACUGCUGGAGUGAAGUACACAUUCAGGGUCACUGCAGUGGCUGGAGAUGAGAUGACUGAAGGCAAAACAAUCAGUGUUUCACUCUUUACAAAGCCCGCAAUCAUCAGAAACCUCACUGUCACUGAAAUCACAACAUCAUCUGUGUUUCUGAACUGGAGUAAACCAUUGGGAAACAGAUCCUUCUAUAGAAUAGAAUGGACUGGUGGCAGUAGAGAUAUGAAUACAACUACCAAUGAGACAGCCUUUAAUGUUACUGAGCUAACUGCUGGAGUGAAGUACACAUUCAGAGUCACUGCAGUGGCUGGAGAUGGGAUGACUGAAGGAGAUGCUUAUGUAACAAAUCAAGUCACAAAACCUGCGGUCAUCGCACCCCCUACUGUCACUCAGAACACCAUCACUCUUUCUCUGAACUGGACCCAGCCUACAGGAGUGGCAUCAGGCUACUGGGUGGAGUGGUAUAACGGAGGGAAAAGCGAGAGACGACUUACAUCCACAACCUCUGCCAUCAUACAGGACCUGACUCCAGGAACCCUGUACACACUCCAGGUCUUUGCCAUCGCUGAAGACAAUUCAACAGAAGGCAACCCUUGCACAGUAUACGUAUACACAAAGCCUGCAGUUGUCCGCAACCUUUCUGUCUCUGAAAUCACAACAUCAUCUGUGUCUCUGAACUGGACUCAACCAGAGGGAAACAGCUCCUUCUAUAGAGUAAAUUGGACUGGUGGCAGUGUCAGUAAGAAUACCACAGGAACCUCCACUACCAUCACUGAGCUGACGGCUGGAGUGCAGUACAACUUCACAGUCACUGCAGUGGCUGGAGAUAACACAACUGUAGGAGAAGGCAGUCAAACAACCACUUUAACAAAGCCUGAACAACCUGGGAACAUUACGGCGACGGGACGAGGAACCAGUCAGCUGAAUGUGACCUGGACCUCGCGUGGCGGGAGCCUGUACUAUUACAACGUGACCAUCUUUAAUGCUGCUUUGAACUAUACAUCCAUGAAAAACACAACGACCAUGGAGGCCAGCUUAACUGGGUUACAGCCUGGGAGGGUCUAUGUGGUCACAGUGACUGCUGUAGUUGGAGCCUUCAGUAACCAGUCUGCUGUGGUCCAGUUAGCCACUUAUCCCAACCAACCUGGACCCCUCAACAUCACAGAGAGGACAACCAGCUCCCUCGUUGUUCAAUGGACAACCCCAGGUCUAAUGACUGGAGCUUCAGCCAUCUCCUAUAACAUAAGCUACCAGCCUAAUGGGACUGGUUUGGGAGAGAGAAACCAGUCUUCCUCUACCCAUGAUCUCAGCAGUAACGUGACCUCUCUGUUCUCUGGAGCUCUCUACACCAUCACAGUGAAAACCGUGGGACCCCAGGAUCUGGAAAGCGCCAGUGUUAGUAUAUCUGCAUAUACCUUGCCCAAACCAGUGGUGAACCUCACAGCCACCCCAUUGUCCACCUCCUCAGUGAAGCUACAGUGGAAUGACCCUGUGGAGGUUAAGUGGUACUACACCUACAGAGUCCAGUACAGAAACGCUACAGACCCUGUAGAGAAAAGAGUCAGUACCAACUACACAGUCGUCGAGGGCCUAGAAUCUGGGACUGGCUACAACUGCACUGUUACCUCGGUAGCAGCACUGGGAAGCGAGGGAACUCCGGAACGCACGUUCUGUUACACGAAGCCCAAGGCGGUCAGUAACCUCACGGGCGAGGGUCUGAACACAACUGCUAUCAGACUUUCCUGGUCCAAACCGAAUGACUACAAACCAACCUACUCCUAUCUGGUGACCAUCUCCAAGAAUGGUUCUGUGGUUGAGAACAUCUCAACCAUGGUCGAGGCGUACACAUUCAUCAAUCUCUGUCCUGGGUACAGUUACAACAUCUCUGUGGUCACGGUCGUCCAGGGGGUUAAGUCUGAUCCAAUGGAGAAGUCAAGCUACACAAAACCUGGGGUGGUGACAAACAUCACCGCCAUAGGAAACACAACCUACAUGAGUGUGACCUGGGAUAAACCUGUGGGACAGGUGGACAACUACACUGUCACUAUCUACAAAAACAAUGUGAUGGAAAAGAAAUGCACCAACCGUUCAGUAUUUGAGUUCCAGAACCUGAAGCCAGGGAAAGUCUAUGUUGUCAAUGUGGCCACCAAUAGUGGACCGCUCACUGAGUCACUGAAUGUUACAAUUGCAACGUAUCCCAACCCUCCUGGAGCCAUCAUAGUGGUGGACCAGACCACUGGUUCCAUCAACAUCAGCUGGGCCCGGCCCCUGGACAUGGACCUAGGUCAGUACAACUUCUCUGUGUUCCAUCUGGACCAGCAGACCCUGACGGAACACAACUGGACCCUCCUGGAGAACCUCCAGUCUGGAACACUCUACAACAUCUCCGUGGUAACCGUAGGGCCGUGGGGCUACCAGAGCACAGUGGUGACGACGGCCAUCUCUACCAGGCCCCAGUCUGUGAUCAAUGUGACUGCAGGAAUCACCCCCACCAAUGUGACUCUAGUCUGGGUUCAGCCAGAGAGCAAACCAGGCUACUCCUUCCGGGUGGAUGUCACCAACGGGUCCUUUUCUUGGCCCGUCACCGCCAACACCACCAUGAAAACCAUCACCGGGUUACAGUCUGGGAGCAACUACAGCUUUACCGUGACAACACUCACAGGGGACGGAACCAUGGCAACCCCGGUGACGGUGUCCUAUUUUACAAGACCAUUCACCGUUAGUGGUUUGGUAGCCUCUACAGUGAACACAACCACUGUGAAUCUGACCUGGACCAAACCACCUGAGUACCAGAGUGGUUACAGAUACCGUAUCCAGACCGAGGUUUGCGUGUCUGCUCCCACAAACCGCACGACAACAGGAGAGGGGGACCUCAUCUCAGAACUCACACCAGGAACCAAAUGCACCUUCAGUGUUUCCGUCAAGGCACUGGACGGCAUAGAGGGAGACAUCGUCUUAACCUAUCAGUACACAAAGCCUGAGUCUGUCAAGACGUCCAUCUCCAACCUUGGUAGCAACAGUACCAUAGUGGUGCGCUGGGAAGCGCCCAAAGGGAACGUAGAGAAUUAUAAAGUCUGUCUGAACAAGGUCAUUUUCUCAGAUUUGCUGAACUCCAGCAUUCGGUCAACAUCCUUCCCUAAUCUGCCAGCUGGCAGAGAGUACACAGCCGUGGUGACCACUAUCAGUGGGCCCUUCAAUGCUACAUCAGAACCUAAUACUACAGCAACUUAUCCCAACAUGCCUGGGCCCAUCCUGAUCUUGGAGAAGACGACUAGUUCUAUCUCUGUGAAGUGGGGUGAAGCUCCUCUGAUGGCAAACACCAACUUCAGUUACCUAGUGACCUACCUGUCAACGCAACUAAACAACAACAUGAGCAUAAUCCAAACCACCAAUUACACACUGCCCAGCCUGUCCUCUGGAACACCCUACAAUAUCUCUGUGGCUACAUUGGGAGUGCUAGGGAUCCAGAGUGAGAAGGUCUGGAGCAGUUUGGUCACGACCAGACCAGAGAGUGUCCAGUCCCUCAGUGUAGUGACAGCAGAAGAGAACAUAACAUUGAACUGGGUCAAGCCUGUGGGUCACAAACCAGGCUACCGCUACAAUGUGACCAGGACCAACUCUGGGUUAACAGAGUUAACAGCUAUGGAAAACAUAAUCAUUGAACAAUUGGUCCCUGGUAGUCUGUAUAACUUCACCGUGACAACAGAGACAGCUGACGGAACAGAGGGAGCUCCAGUCUCAACCUCCAGCUGCACCAAUGCCAGCCCUGUGUCCAAGCUGAUGUGUGACUCUCCUAACGCCCCCAAUGCCAAGGUGACUCUGUCCUGGACCAAACCCAAAGGACUGAACCAGGGCUUCCAGAUCACUGCUUAUGAAACCAACCAACUCUCCAAGGACCAGGUACACAAUACCACUAGUGGUGACUGUAACCCAGCCUGUGGCCACGUAGUCUCUGACCUAAAGCACUAUACAAACUACACCCUGACUGUAACCACUCUGGGCUGUGGGAAUUCCAGCACUGUCCAAACCCUCACCUGCAAGACUGGCAUUACAGUCCCUCCUAUCCCAGCUAACUCGUCGCUAUUCUCUAGUGCCACUGUGAAAGAUCACAACUCCUUCUCUAUACAGCUGGACCCCAGACUCCUGAAUGACACCAACGGACCAAUCAAAAACUACGGCGUGCUGGUGACCUCUGACAUCACCAAUGUAAAUAAUUCUAACUCAAUGCAGUACUUAGUGAAGACCUAUCAGGAGUGGGACGAAAGCUCUACUACGGCAUACUUAGCCACGGUCAAAGAGAAUCCUAGCAACAACCCUAGCAACAGCCGGAGGAGGAAACGUGCAGGAAACAUUGACAUUGUCAUAGGGGACAAAACCUCAUGGAAAAAAUAUACCAAUGGCCAACUGAAGGCCAAUCGCUUAUACAGUUAUGCCAUUGUUUUAUUUACUGAAACAGUGGUAAAUUCGAACGGGCUUCUGAACGUCACUUCCUCACUCGUCUCGAUAACUGUGUUCAACCCAAGUCCUGUGGUACUCACUCAGGACCCAGUGGCCAUCGGUAUGGCUGUCGGGGUAACGCUUGGAGUUUUUGCCAUCCUCUUCAUCAUCACCGUUGGCUUAAUCAUCCACUGGAGGAAACAAACCAAGAAAGACACUUCAGAAAUCCAGAUUCACUCCAUGAGAGCUAAAGUAAGCGUGGCCGUGAGGGUGGAGGACUAUGAGGCGUAUUACAAGAGGCAGAGAGCAGACUCCAACUGUGGCUUUGCCGAGGAGUUUGAGGACCUGAAGCCAGUGGGAACAGCCCAAGCUAAAACCAGCGCUAUGGCCAUGGAGAACAAGUCUAAGAACCGCUACAACAACGUGCUUCCCUAUGAUUCCUCUAGAGUGAAACUGUCCAUCCAUGGGAGUCCAUUCGACGACUACAUCAAUUCUAACUACAUCCCGGGUUACAACUCCAGGAAGGAGUUUAUUGCGGCCCAAGGUCCUUUGCCCGUCACCGUCAACGAGUUCUGGAGGAUGAUCUGGGAAAAGAACGUCCAGACUUUGGUCAUGCUGACACGCUGUAACGAACAGGGACGAGUGAAAUGUGAGGAAUACUGGCCAUCUGAGACCAAGCACUUUCAGAAUAUCACCGUGACAACAACCUCUGAGAUCCCCCUAGAAGACUGGACCAUCAGGGAAUUUGACGUAAAAAACGUGAGGACGGCGGAGACACGCUCGGUGCGUCACUUCCACUUCACAGCCUGGCCGGACCACGGCGUCCCCGAGACCACGGAGCUGCUCAUCAACUUCAGACACCUGGUCCGAGAACACAUGGACCAGUACUCACGCCACUCCCCCACUGUUGUCCACUGCAGUGCGGGUGUGGGUCGUACAGGUACCUUCAUAGCCAUCGACCGGCUGAUCUUCCAGAUAGAGAGGGACAGUACGGUGGACGUGUACGGCACCAUCCAUGACCUGCGCAUGCACCGGCCCCUCAUGGUUCAGACCGAGGACCAGUAUUUGUUCCUAAACCAGUGUGCCAUGGACAUAAUCCGAUCCAGAACUGGAACCAACGUGGACUUAAUCUACCAGAACACGGCUGCACUCACCAUCUACGAGAACGUAGAACCCAGGAAAGAUACACCUAAGAAUGGUUACCACAACGCAUAGGCCUCAUGUCCAGUGCUCCGUCUCUCCCCUCCUCCAGUCUCAGUCAGACAGGCCUGUAGAUAAGAGUUUAGAAAAGGGAAAGUAUUUUUCACUCUCACUAAUCAUGUUGCCUUACACUGUGGUCUUUUUUUAAAUCGAUCAGUUUUUCUAGUAUUUAUUUGGUCACAUUUUAUGGAAGUUGGAAAAUAACAUGGAAGAUAACGGUUGGUUGAGAGGAACGGAUGCACUAAUUCCAUCCAAAGACCAAUAAUGAAAUGUACAUAAAAUUAUAUUUUAGAGAUGUAAUUCUUAUAUUUCCAUAUUUGUAUAUUGCUGCUACUUCCGAAUAUCUGCAUACUCUCUUUUUAUGAUUGUAACGCCAAUGUUUUAAGAAAUGAUGUGUGGUUAAACUGAAUGAUAAGUGCCAUACCUUUGUAAAUGAAGUCAAAGGUUUGUAUAAAUGAAUAUACAAAUGUAAUGCAGAUGUAGUUUAUUGUUAAAUGAGACCAAUGUUAUGGUGAAAUGUAUCUCCAUCUUUAGGUAUAGGAUCAGCACGCAACAUAACAACUGUCCUAAAAAAUGUAAUACGAAACAACCUAUCCUCUCUUCUGUGCCCUCUCAAGUCUCCAAUAAGUGGUGUAAUUACGCUCGUAUUUCUAUUUGUAUUUAUUAUGGAUCCCCAUUAGCUGCUGCUUGAAGGCAGCAGCUACUCUUCCUGGGGUCCGGCAAAAUGAAGGCAGUUAUACAAUUUUUAAAACAUUACAAUACAUUCCUUUUUAUGUGACAGGACAAGCACAAUGCACCGUUUUAGAAGAAACGAGAACUACUGGCAAUAGGCCUAUGAAUAUAUUAUUUAAUAUUAGAUGUUCAAAGUCAAAUGUUAACCUUUCACUCCAAAUAAUGUUGAUAUCUUAACAAGUUUAAAAUUAGGAGUUUUGUGAGAACUUUUGUGCUUCCUAUACCCUGUUCUGCAUAAUGCACCGGAUGCAUUUAGGUUUUUACACUGUAACUUUUUAAAUUCUCCUAUAGAUGUUUUAUUAUGGUUGGUGUAAAUAUUCUUAAGAUGUUCAUGAGAAAUGAUUGCGAAACUGCUGUGUGAGCCUGUGGUCCUCCUCCGCUGUUGAAACCCACUUUGUGCAAUAGCAAAUCCCCAUUCACACUUCAGUCUGUAAACUCAUCUCUCAGCUUCAAAGACUCAGAGGUUACACAUUAUGAACUGACUCCCUACUGUUUGUUGUUUUCCUAAUUAAUGUUCUAUAGAAAGUGGUUCAUGUAAUGCUGUGCAUACUGUCUAUCUGUGAUGCUUCUAUCAUAGAAGCAGGAAAACGUUUGCAGUCCCUGUAAUGGUAGUUUGCCAUGAGGCGAUUUCCCCUUUUUGGAACUAUGUGGUUAUAUAUAUAUACUGUACGCAUGGGCCCCAUCCAAAAACAACCUCCACUCCCUAAAGAAUCUGAUUGUUUAAAGUGGUUCUGCCUAGCUAUCUGAUAUGCUAAACCUACACAAGUGUAUAUAAAGGCCUAAGGACAAUGUAUAUAAGGGGUGUUCCUGGACAUAGGUCAUAGAUUUACAGACCAGCUUUGAUUGAUUAAAUGUAAAGCCACUAUGCUGAUAUAGUUUUACUGUCUUUGUAUCACAAUGCACAUUUCUCAAGUUCUUCAAAGCACUUAUUUCUAUUGACAAUAUUACUUAGUAGAGCUCAUAAGCAAAGCAGACUCCGCAAAUAGUCUUCCUCAGAGUUUUAGGAAGUUUUAGGAAUUUUGUCACGAUGCUGUGUGAGAUACUAUGUGAUGCUUGCUGGUACAAUGCAAAGGACGAAAAGGUGAAGAUUUUUGUAUCCUUCCAUCGGUCAAUACUGUGAUUAAAAAUGUUACACUUUUCUCUCUACAAAUGUCUGUUGUGAGCUUCUCUGUUUUACUGUUUGGCCCACAUGUCCAUAGUGUUGAUUGAGACUACGGCCCAAGCCUUUGUUCAAUUAGGCUACACUAACUGGGAUAAAAUACUUAAUUUUAGAUUCAUUGAAACAAGCACCAAUUUGUACCACUGGUAACCAGAUAGUUAGUUACCAAUUGUGUUGAAUUGCAUUUGUGGCACAAAAUCACAAAUCCC